AUGUUACAAAUCGCCGAGAUUUUUCCUGGAUGGCAGGAGAGCGGGCUUCAGGUUCGUUUAGACAUUUGGCACUUCAUGCGGAGGUUCGCCGCCUGCUGCACCACAGAGAGUCAUCCCUUGUACGGAGAGUUUCUCGCUCGUCUGUCUGGUUGUAUUUUCGAGUACGAUCCAAAUGAUUUGCAACAGCUGACGUUGGCCAGAUUGCAAGAGAUGAAAGCAGCCGGUUUACCCGGAUGCACCUACGAGGAAGCGCGCCGAAAGCUCACCAAACGGGAACGUGCUCGCCAUUGCCGUCGCCGUACGCGUGGUGCGGAAAGAACGAAAGCAAUGAUUGGGCAACUGCUAGAGGCUUUCCAAAGACCGUCUACCCGCGAUCUUUCCGGUGUUGACUUGCUCAAAUCAGACCUCGUGGAAGAAGUAUGGAAGGUGCAGAUGCCGCACGUUUGCUGCCUUCAAGAUCCGCCAAACAUCCAGCUGUACACGAUAACUGGAAUGCAGGUGAUCGGUGGGAUAUCGCUGCCAGUUUAUCGGUGCGCACGAGGUUCUAACUCGUUGGAAUCGUUCCACGACCACGUACGGAGGUUUGUCCCUGGCACCACAGCCAGCGAUGUCUUCUUUCAGGCUUAUCUCUUGGACGGCUUGUCCAGGUGGAACGCAGACCGCGCCAGAUCAGCCCACUCCAGUGAUUCGGGCGGCUCCGUUUCCUCCUCCUAUUCCGAGAGCUUAAAGAGAACAGCUAACUUGCUCCACAAGCGCUUAAAGGAUGCAGAUUGCAGCUUGGUAUACUGCAGGUCAUCAAGAAAGUACACGGGAGAGCUGAUCGGCGUCGAGUACCUGUACAAACAAACAGGCACCUGUUUUGAAGAGCAAAUGGCUCAACUCGACGAAAUCGAUUGUGUCGAUUGGUCAGUGGACGGUGAUGACGAAGGUUUUAACGAACCAGAUGACCCCACCUUACCCGAUACCGACUUCGACAUGCUCGACGAUUCAACGCCAGGAGAGCCGGUUGCUGCGUCGUCUGUGCAAACCAAAGAAGACACGACAGGGCCUGGUGAUUCUGUUGGCCAGUACGAAAAAGUAGAGCAACUAGCCGACUACCUGGUAGAGCUGUGCGCCGAGCAAUCCCAAGCAAUCAGCACUUGUCAUGCAGAGCACAUUGUUUGUUUGUGGAACAACCUGUCCGAUUACGACAGGAAACCCACUCAGUUCGCGCCGCGACAUCGAACCAAGCUGAGCCGGGGCACUUUCAAGAGUCAGAAAGGUAACCCCAGCACAACGUCCGGCGUUGCAGGACUCGACAGCCUGCGCAGGGGAUUUUUGAGCGGUGGGGAACCGGCUCAGUGGCCCGAUUGCAACCGCUACUCGGAUUGCAUCAUGCGACGGCUUUGCGAACGUUAUCCCAGCUCAAAGACGGAGAACGGAAAACGCGUGGAUCGUUGGAUGCUUGUUUCACGGGCAUACCUCAGAAUCCGUACUGCUGUUAUCUCUUGUCAGCUGGUGAUGAACAACACCAAAAUGCAAUUGGUUCCUGUCAACCAAACUACACUGAAGCAGUGGUGGAACCGCAUAGAAAAAGAGCAGGAGGUGGCAACUGUUGUGCAAGGCGUUCGACUCUUCGCGCCAAGUAUGGCAGCAGAAGAGCAGCUCCCGGCGGCGAGGUUGCAACCAGCCCCGCUACCGGUGUUCCAAACAGAAGAGCUGCUUCCCAUGCCUUUAGUAUUGCCGGAAUCAUCUCAGGCGCAGACAACAGUCGUGGAAGAAGAGGUGCAAGCUCCUUCAUCUAUGCCACCGACGCCUCGGAGUACCCUAAGCUACAGGUUGAAACGGCAGAUGCAGACCAUAGGCGGAAUACCAGUCCGCAGAAAUAAACCUCGAACGAUGCCAACCAUCUGCGGUCAGUGUAAAGAAGUUCGAGAUAAAGACAGUCACACCCAAUACUUUGGGAGUUGGUACUGUCAGAAAUAGUCUUCCAUGACGAGAGAAUCGUGGUUGCAUGCAGCAAAACAAAAGCGCGCAUUGCGCCUUUCUGCUUCGCAGCUCAACCCCACGAAAUGAAAUGCACAUGUUUCGUUUCGGCAUAACCUGUCUGCGUAUCCGUAACAGGGACCCUGUCAGCGUAUCCGUAACAGGGAUGGUUGUGAACCAAUAUCUCCAGUAUGCGUAUCCGUAACUGGAUGAUGAUCAACCUCGAACAUCAUUGUUCGCUGAAAUAUCGCAAAAAUGUGACUGUGCAAUUUUAACUAAAUUGCUGUUUUUGCUUUUCAGAAUAUAAGUUUUUAAUUAAAUUAAACAAAAAAUGUCUACGACCAAUAUAUAUAAGAUCCGACAUGUGGCCAAGCUGAUAGUUCAGGAGGCAGCAAAGGGCCAAGGCCCCAGCCGCCAAACCACAAAGGCCAAGAGAAGGGCGGGACCCUACUUUAAAAAGUCACGCCGUCAGCAAGGGCAAGGUCCCAGCCACCCACCACAACCUCCCAACCAAAUAUCAAACAAACAACUGAAGAAAAGGAUCAGAAAUGUAAACUACAAACUGAGCAAAUUGUCUAUCAACCACAGAGAAUAUGGUCCGACCAAAAAGCAGCAACAACCAUUAAACGAAGAAAAAAACCGGCGCCAAAAUUUAAAAGAGGUUGUGGUGGUCCCGGAUGAGGCCUUGCCCUUGCCGGUCGAAGUGGCUUUGGCAGAAGAGCCACCUAUGGAGGACCCGCCAAUAGAGGCCCCUCCAGUACAGCCAAUGCAGGGGGCCUAAAUAAUAAGUUAGUAGGGUGGGGGAAGAUGGGUUCCUUUUUUUUAUAAAUUUAUCGAUCAAUUUGGACGUAAACGUAGAAAUAAUUUUUUUAAAACCCAAUCAGGAUAUUUAGAUAUUAUGUGCCAAAUGUGUCCCGUCUUCCCC